GGCAAACAGGGGACGAUGCUGCGGAUGACCAUGGGAGGAGAAAUGCAUGCGGUGGUGGGCGCAGUCGCGCGUGGGUUUGCUGGUGGAUGGGCAGCGGCGGCGCCGCUCAAGGCCGACCUGAUGGCGGACAUGAAGGUGGCCAUGAAGGCCAAGGACGCGGUCAAGCUGGACACGCUGCGUCUGAUCCGGGCAGAGAUCACAUCAGGCGAGAAGGUUCGCGGCGAGAGCUACUCGGAUGCCGAGGUCAUCUCCGUCCUUCGCAAGCUCGCCGCGCAGCGCGAUGAGGCUGCGGCUGCCUUUGACGGCGCAGGCCGCCCCGAGCAGGCCGCCAAAGAGCUGGAGGAGAAGAACAUCAUCACCUCGUACCUGCCUGCCCAGAUGGACGCCGAUGCCCUCCAUGCUGCCGUCACCGAGGCUGUUGCUGACUCGGGUGCGUCGUCGAUGAAGGACAUGGGCGCCGUCAUGUCGCGCCUCCGCUCGCUCAUCGACUCGGGCGUGACCGAUGGCAAGGCCGUCUCGGCACUCGCUAAGGACAUCAUCACAAGCAAGUAAAUGCCGUCUCCUCUGCUCUCA